GAUAUGCAGUGAGUGAGUGACUAUUAUUCACCCUGUAUAGGGAACCUAAUUUAGUGGGGUUAGUGAUUUAGGAUUCAGCCACAGGGUUGUAUAGCAUUGGGCAAGGAAGCUAACUAGCUGUUGAAGGAGAGUCAACUCAUGAUGCUUGGUGAUCCCACUGCAGCAGGCUGAAGACUCAACACCAUGUCCUCUAUCCUGCAGUAAUAUUAACUUGAGCAGUUGUGUGGUGGCUUUAAAUCCUUUGGUAUAGAAUGGAAACUAGAGCGGAGGUUAUUCCUAUUUGGCAGAACAAGCCUCACGGUGCCACCCGAAGCGUGGUGAGGAGAAUCGGCUCUACGCUGCCUCUAAAACCCUGUCCAAGAGCAUGUUUCCAGGAGCUGCCGGGUCUUAACCUGCGCCAAACAGACGGGCCCCACGUGCCCACACUGGCCGACAUUGCCUGGAUCGCAGCCGAUGAAGAGGAGACAUUCGCCAGAGUGAGGAGCGACACACGACCCUUCAGGCAGGAGUGGAGGCCCACGCCUAUGCUAGUGCUGCACAGGAAUUCGUCCGUGCCCAACUUUAGACGAGAGGGCAAACGCUUGGAGGGCCUGAGAAAGCCGGGCAUCACCGCCCUGAACCGAACCACCGCCCUGCAGGACGAGCUGGGCCGCCUGCGUGCACAGAUUGCAAAGAUAGUGGCGGGCGAGUCAGACUCGAACCCCAUCACCCCUGACCUCCUCUCUCCGGACGACACCAGCGUCGGCUUCUCCAUGGCUCCUUUCGAGAUGGCCGCCAACUACCACCCGGCGCCCUCGGCCUCCUUCGUCAUCAGCGACGUCACCGAAGAAGACGAGGAGGAGGUGGAGGAGGAUGAGGACGACGUUAACGUGCCCGAGCUGGCUCCUGACCCCGUACUUCCAGCCUCCAUGACGGCCUCUGCGACCUUCGACCUCGAUCGGCCCACCAUGGAUUUCCGCGAGGCGGAGGAGGACACGGUGUCGCUGUCCAAGUCCACCAGCUUUGCCGACGUCAAAGACAUUCUGAAGGACAUGAACCGCAUGAAAAUGAGCAAGGACAGGUUUUCUCGCGGCUGUACGUCUCUGAGGGAGGAAGACUCGGCCUCCCUGAUCUCCGAAGUUCUGAGGAAGAAGUUCACCCUACACGAUGAAGAUAUCAGCAUGAAGAAGUAACCGACGUGUCGUCCACGGUUCCCGUCCUCACCCUGCUCACCACGCUUGUGCCAGCGGACUGUUUGCUGUGGAAACUUCACAGCGCCCCGCGAUGCCGAAAAUAAAACUCGCCCCCGUCACUUAUUUACAGCUUGUUUACAGCUGCAGGAAAAAAAGAAAAGCUCUGUGCUCAGACUCUCUCUCUCUUUCAUACACACACACACACGCAGUACACGCACGCACACACAUACAUACAUACACAUACAUACACACACAUACAUACAUGCAGUGUGUAACUAAAUGGUGUGUUUGUGUGAAUGUCCCACUGCAAACUGACCACAUGGACAGACUACAACUGCGGACAGAAUUAUAUAGAUGUAGUGCAGACAGACAGACAUAAUAAUGGACUGAAGAAUGGAUCAAUGUAAAUGACAAACUGACUGAACUAAUAAAUAAAAAAGAAUAAAGAAUUGUAAAGAAUUGCUGCCCUCUAGUGGGCACAGUUGGCUAAUCCCUGCAGCAGACAAAAUUGGCCUCCAGUCUGCAGGGUGGGAAAGACCGGACUAAUAAGGGUGGGGUUAUAAAUGCUGUGUAAGGGCAUGUUAUUGGGGCGUGGCUCUCCGUUUGGUGGACCUCACGCACAAAUGCACCAAACUGGUAUAAUAAGAAGGGAUUGGUGGAUUGCUCACACGUCGGAGGGACGCCGUCGGGGUCCCCAGCAGCAGAUUGGUUAUGCUUAAUUGCGAGAAAAUGGGGGGAAAAUGCAUAAAAAAUUAAUUAUUCGUAAAAUUAUGGAUGGAUAGAAGUACAGAAGGUUUGUGGAUUGACGUAUUGAUGCAUGAAAUGACCUGAAUGUACAGAAUGACAGACUGGUGCUGAAAUAAGUGGACUCAUGGACAAAAGUGUGAACAUACAAGACGACAGACUGAUUAAUGACUUGGCUGAAGGUUGGACAAGCUGCCUGAUUUUUCUUUUUUCUUUUAAUGUGCAAAAAUGCUCCCUAUAUGAACCUCGUCCUAAAGACUGAAACGAGGAACGGUGACAUUUUCAUUCAUCAUGCAGAAACGUUUGUUGUAGUUGAACAUUGUACAGUUUCAUAUCGGCCGGUUAAACAGAAACAUUAACGUGUGUUUUUAUGAUUUAUGAUUUUAGACGCUCAGCUUCAUUCUUCUACUAGAACUAAGUGUCUAUUUUUAUUCCAUCCUCGCACCAUUUCUACUUUGUGAAAUCUUGCAUUACAUCCUGUAAACAUUUAUGAUGAAACGAUUGAGAUUGAACUUGUUGGGUUUUUUUUAUUGACUUGUUUUAUGUUUGCAAUAGUUGUGUAGAACUAGAACCAUGGACGCUUCAUUUAAUGAUUUUCUUUAUUGUUAUCAUAUAUCUUUGUUUGCUUUAUUUGACUGUUGUUUUGUGUGUGUUUUUUGAGUAUUGUGUGUUUUUUGAAUAGUGUGUGUUGUUCUGCAUUUUCUCGAACACUAAGAUGCAGAUUAUUGUUUAGGCUGCAUUUUAAUUCGCUGCAGUUUAACGUGUUUUAUUAAAGUAGUAGUUUGGCUCUCUAAACAUCCACAGUUCAAAAGUUGUUAAUUAACCAAGAAACCAAGUUAAUUUUGAUGUCUGCAUGUAUCUGUAGGUACACACUUUAAAUGGAGAGUCGACUCACGAAAACGAUUCUGUACUAUCUUGCGAUGUGGUACAUUUUGUCUGUUUUCGCCUCUCAAAAUCUUCUCGUUUUUUCUUCAUUUUACUUUAUCUGAUUAGUCUCAUACAUACGUACAAUAAUAAUUUGUCAUAUCGGGCAAUGAAAAGAGCUUUGAUUCAUUUCUUCCGUCUCUUGAAAUGGAGAGUCGACUUAAAUUUUAGAGUCGACUCACCAAAAUGAUUCAGUCCAAUCUUGCAACGUGCUACACGUUAUGUUCUCUCAAAAUCUGAUUAGUCUUAUACAUCCUGCAUGUGUAUAUGUGUUGUCAGGGGAUUUUAGUUUCCUUUUUGGCCAAACAAUUGCUUUAAUGUAAUGUGGUGCCUCCUUUGAGCUGCAACAUGAACAAAACCACUUUGAGGAAACACAGUGAAGUGUGUAUGAGUGUUUUAGCUGGCUGGAGUCUCUACUGUGAAGUCAAGUGAAGUUGAAUUGUGUUGUUAUGAUGGUUGAUGAUUAUAUGAUGUGCAUGACUGAACUAAAGUUUGAAGCAUGGAUGCUCAUUCUCUUCUCUUGUUGCCUUAAUUACACUAGGUGCAAGGCAGGGAUAGUAAAUAAAAGAUGUCAGAAGUUUACAUACCGUUGCUUUGUAGGGGAUAUGUAUUGGUGCUCUUGGGGAAGAGACUGGGGUGCAUACUUUUUUGCCAGAAAUGUACGUGUGUGUGUGUGGCUCAAAUGUUUAACUGUGGACGGUCAGAUCUGUGUUCCAGAGACCUGUUUUUGGUGGUUCUUGGAUUACUUUUGUCCUUGGAAGGAUUUUGUUUGUUUGUUUAUUAGGAUUUUAACGUCAUGUUUUACACUUUUGGUUACAUUCAUGACAGGAACGGUAGUUUAUCUUCACACAAGGUUCAUCACUUCACAAGGUUAUAUCGAACACAGUCAUGGACAAUUUAGUGUCUCCAAUUCACCUCACUUGCAUGUUUUUGGACUGUGGGAGGAAACCGGAGCACCCGGAGUAAACCCACGCAGGCACGGGGAGAACAUGCAAACUCCACACAGAAAGGACCCAGACCGCCCCACCUGGGAAUCGAACCCAGGACCUUCUUGCUGUGAGGCGACAGUGCUACCCACUUAGCCACUGUGCCGCCCUCCUUGGAAGGAAACGACUGUUCCAUGUACUUAAUAAGUGCAGUUAGACUAGUGCCACAGAGCUAUAAACAGUCAAUUCUAAAUAAUAACAGUGAUUCUGAAGGCAAUUUAAAUUUAAAGCCAUUAUUACAUUUGCUUCCAUUAAUUACUGAAAUAACAGGACUGCUGUCCUUAACACGCCUAUGUAAACUUUUGACACGUAGCACAUGUGUGAUAUACAGUGUUGCAGUAGAUAUUAUCUAACCUUAAAUGAAGCAUUUAGCAUCUCAGGCACUUCUGAAUUUUGACCCAUUACCUCAUAUAUGCAUCGCCAAGCCUUCUGAACUCUACUACGUAUAAAACUAAAACUAUUACCAAUCAUAUUACAAGAAGCAUCAAUAAAGAAAAUAUACUGUUCACAUGCAGCCAUGCUUAAUUUUAAGGGAGAAUUUCUCUGCUGGUUGGCUUACAAACAUCCAUGGGGUUAUGGGGUGUCUGUGAUGAAUUUGGGUGUGCGAUCUGUGCUUUGUGGUUAUAUUGAGUGUUUAAUGUUAAUAAAAAGUGCACUAGACGUGUUCAAGACUAUAUAAACCGCUAUAACAGAACUGAGAGACACAAACUGGAUGAGGAUGGUCACAUCACACAUCUGCUAUACAUUAAUAAUACAUAAAACAUGAAGCUAGAUGAGAGUAAGUACUAUUCAGGAAUAAUAAACAUUGUGAAUGGAGGAAUGGAUUUUAUUUUAUUUGUUUAAUAGCAAGAUUCAUGAGUACUUUACCCCCCAUCCUUCAAUUAAACGCUGUUACCUGCCUGUGUAUUGUGCAAACAAAGAAAAAUAAAAACACUCUUGUUUAAAUUA